AUGCUGCUGCGAGUCUCUGUACUAUAUCCAUCAUCGACAGAGAAGCUCCCGUCAGACACCUGGCCGGAAGGGAUAUCGGUACGACGCACAGGCGACAUACUGGUGACGUGCCUGGAUGAGCCGGACAUCCUGGUCAUCAACGUGGCCGAGGACCCGGACGAGCCGGAGAACCGACUGGUCAAGCGCCUGCACCGGUUCCCGGACGCCAACGGCAUCUACGGAAUCGGGCGGGUGCCGCGGCCGGAUGACGACGCGGCCGGCUACGACGUGCCGGUGGACGAGGAGGAGUUCGCGGUGGUGACGGGCACGGCCGACGUGUCCAAGUACCUCUUCGGCAACUGGACCCUGUGGCGGAUCACGCUGGGGACCGACCGGCUCACGGGCUUCACCACGGUGCUGUCGUCGCGCAGGGUCGAGUCGGAGGACCUGCAGGACUUCGGCUUCUUCCAGGGCAUGGUCGGCGUGCGGCCGACCGGGGCGCCGGCCAACAAGAUGGCGGCCUGCGACCUGACCCGCGGCCGGCUGUGCCUGCUCGACAUCGAGACGGGCUCGGUCGACGUCGUGAGCGACCACGACAUCCUCAGCCCCUCCCCCUACUCCAGGGACAACAGCGUCUUCGGCGCCAACCGCGUGCGCUUCACCGAGAACCACGCCUGGGUGACCAGCUGGAGCGACGGCGCCCUGCUGCGCAUCCCCGUCAGCCGGGACAGCGCCACCGGCCUCAUCCGGGCCACCGGUCCCCCCGAGCGCAUGGCCGAGGGCUUCCAGGCCCCCGACGGCCUGUCCAUCACCCGCGACGGCACCACGGCCUACAUCGGCAGCAUCUCGACGAGCACCCUCUGGCGCGUGGACGGGCUGUCGGACGAGUACGACUCCGAGCCGACGUCGACCGUCACCGCCGUCAGGACCGACCUCGCCACCCCGACCGCCAUGGACCUCUUCUACCCCGGUCCCGGCGUCGACCCCGCCAUCACGAAACCGACCCUGUACAUCUGCUCCGUCGGCAGCCUCACCCCCGAGGUCAUGAGCGGCAAGGGAGACUGGCUCACCGUGUCGAGUCUCGAUACGAAGCUGGAAAUAAUGGUCACGGUCACGACGGAAAUCACGUAUGAGUAUGUCUAG